AAUACAAAUCGUGAUUCAUAAAUUAUAAUAACCGUUAAUCCAAAUAUAGAUAUUUGAAAAUUGAAAAUGAAACCAAACUAACAUCCCACAAUUAUAGAGCUAAGAGCCCCCACGUUUAUACUAAAAGAUAAGGUUUACCUGCCUAUACAUACAUAAUUAUGUUUCUAUAUUUGUAGAGAGAGAAAGCUAGAGAGAGAGAGAGAGUGUACAGUAGCAUUUGCUAUUUAUUGCUACACAGAAGUCUAGUCUUGAGGGUAGAGUCCUCAUUUUUCCAUAAACAUUCCAAAAUUUCCCAAUCCCCAAACACGAUUCUCUCUUUCUCCGAUUAUACACACAUAUACAUACAUAUAUAUAUAUAUGCGAGAGAUCGGCGGCGAAUUUCCGGCGAUGAACAAUCUAAACUCGCUGCUGAACCUCCAGGAAAUUCACAGCCACGGCCAGUUAUCCUCUUCUCCAUACUUCGAUCCGACGUCGUCUAACGACGAUUUCCUCGAACAAAUUCUCUCCUCCGUCCCUUCCUCCGCCGCCGGCGCCGCCUCCUCCUUCCCCUGGGCCGACGACCAGUCUCCUGGCCUGCUCCCUCACUUGGGCGACCAGUCGGCGGCUUCGAAAAUGAGGCACCCUCAGAUCAGCAACGCCGCCGCCAAGGCGUUGAUGCUGCAGCAGCAGCAGCAGUUUUUCUCCAGAACCCUAGCCGCCGCCAAUGGCUUCCGAUCGCCGCCUGGAGGCGACGACGGCCUCCUCUCCAUUCCUCAGGAUGACGACGACGGCACCUCCUUCAAUUCUGAUAAUCCGACACAGGCGAAUGAUGCAUCAGUUAAAUCUCUAUUCAAUGGUUUCACCGGGUCACUAAGUCAAACUGCAAAUGAACCCUACCAUUUCCACCACCCUCAGAAUUUCGAAGCCCCUGCGGCGGCGGCGGCGGCGAUGAGUCAGCCGGCGACAAGCGGAGGUGGGGCGGCGGGAGGGCCCAGGCAGAAGGUGAGGGCCAGGCGAGGGCAGGCCACCGACCCUCACAGUAUUGCUGAAAGGUUGAGAAGAGAGAGGAUUGCGGAGAGAAUGAAGGGUUUACAGGAGCUUGUACCCAAUGCUAACAAGACAGACAAAGCGUCAAUGCUAGAUGAGAUCAUCGACUAUGUCAAAUUCCUACAGCUCCAAGUCAAAGUUCUAAGCAUGAGCAGAUUAGGCGGUGCUGGUGCUGGUGCCCUUGCCCCACUUGUCACUGAUACAUCCUCAGAGGGAAGGGGCGGUAACAGAACACAGACGGCGGCGUCAUCAUCAAACAACAACAACAACGAGGGUAUGGCUGUGGCGGAGCACCAGGUGGCGAAGCUGAUGGAGGACGACAUGGGUUCCGCCAUGCAAUACCUACAAGGCAAAGGCCUCUGCCUCAUGCCCAUCUCUCUCGCCACCGCCAUCUCCACCGCCACCUGUCAUUCCCGGAACCCCAUCAUACCCUCCUCCUCCAACCACCUCUCCGCGGGACCCAUUUCUCCUACUAUGUCGGUCCACUCCGCCACCGUUGACGCCGGAGAACCCUCUUCCCUCAUGAAAGGACCCACGUCCGUUUCCAAGCCGUGAUUUUGGGGCUUCACGGCGACUUUCAACGGAGUUAUUAAUUUUUAAUUUUAAUUAUAAUUUGAAAAGGGCUGUCAAAGUCAAGCAGAAAUAAGGGGAGCUGCUAUUCCUUCUUUUUGUUAUUAUUACUAUUUUAGUGAAUGACGCGGCCGUACUAACUACCGUUCCAAUUGGGGUUUGGUUUUUACUUUUUUAGUGCUUUAUAUAAUUUAGGCCUGCCUUUUA